AUAAAAUUUAUUUUUUAAUUACAAAUUUCCAUAUUCAGGUACACAAAAGAAAAAGAGCAAGCUCUGACUGAGCUCACCACGAAAACCAACCAUGCUCCUUACUACAUCCAAUUGCUUCUCUUCUUCUUGCUCUUUGCUUUCUUCUCUUUCUCGAAAGCCCAUCUUUCUCUUUUCAAAAAAACCGCGAGUGAGCUGCUGCGUGAGUAGUCGAACUCGGUCGAGUCGACUUUGUAGAGCGAGUCUCAUUACCAGCCCUGACUCAUUCGAGGUGGGCCGACUAAUUGGUAGCUACGGGUUCAUGAAUGUUACUAGCUAUUCAGGGUUUCAGGCAGGGGCAGAUGUUGAAUAUUCAUCUGGAGAUUUGGGACAAUUAAGAGUUCAAGAUGUUGGAGAAGGGAGUGUAAAAAUCAGGCUUUACGAAGGAAGAAUAGCUAAGGGUCCAUUUAAAGGCACACCGGUGAUAUUUAAGGUUUACCCUGGACAGCGAGCUGGUGGUCUUGAGGCUGAUAUGAUGGCAGCCAACGAGCUCAAUGCUCAUGCUUUACUCCAGAAUAGUUCUGAAGGUAUAUGUAAGAAUCUUCUGUUACUUCUUGGUGGAUUUGAGACAAAAACAGGGGAGCAGUGGCUUGCCUUCCGCGGUGAUGGUAAAUAUAGUGCAGCAGAUUUUGCUAAGGUGACUAGUGAGAAAAUAUCCAGAGCCCGUUCUCUAGAGGAAAAGUCUUGGAAUCCUUUUGAGCAAGAGCAAGCAUUUAAACGCAAAGCAUACUUUGUCAUUAGGCUAUUCCAGGGUGCUAUGAGUGGUUUAGCCUACAUGCAUGAUCAUGACAGAUUGCACCAGAGUCUUGGACCCGCUUCUGUUGUUCUCAAUACGAUAGUAGAAAGAGAUGCUGCUUAUUUGGUUCCAAGGCUUCGAGAUCUAGCCUUUUCUGUUGACAUCAGAUUUUCAUAUUUGGAAGAAGGACCUAAAACAUUCUCAGAGGAUCUUUGGAGAAGGGCAUCUUCUGCUGGUGCAUUCACACCUAUGGAGAGAAGAGCCUUUGGAAUUGCAGAUGACAUAUAUGAAGCAGGUCUUCUUUUUGCAUACUUGGCUUUUGUUCCAUUUUGUGAAGCAGGGAUCAUGGAUAGCCUUUCAUUGCAACGACUUUUGGAAAGCACUUUCAAACUUGAUCUCACAGCUACAAGAGAGUAUUGUUUGGCAGAUGAUCGCUUGUUAGAAGCUGUCAAAUUUCUAGAUCUUGGUGCUGGUGCUGGUUGGGAAUUACUUCAGGCAAUGCUGAAUCCAGACUUCCGAAAACGGCCAAUUGCGGAAGCUGUUGUCAAUCAUCAGUUCAUGACUGCUAAUGUUUUUUGAGUUCCAAUGAUUUAAGUUACAUAUAUGCUCUCCGCUCCUGCCUUCGUGAUAGGAACGUGUAAUUCAUUGGUGCUGCAUUGUACGCUACUUUUGAAGGAAGAAUGACGAAUAGUCCAGGUGAAAGUAGAGAAGAAACAGAAGAGAAAAACUGUGCUUAUGUGUGUAUGCAUGCGUGUGAGAGUGGUUGCCUUUUGAAGGCUAUUAAAAUGGUGAGAUGGAAACUCUCUUUAAGCUUAGACGUGGAAUGCCAUUGCCGAGAAGAUAACAUUCCUGCGUUUAGUAUAUCUGAAAAAGCGGCGGGCGGCGCUUGAAAAUGAUAAACUCACAUUUUAGCUACCAACUCUCUUCUUGUAUAUAAAUUGAACUCUGAAAUAGCAAAACAGUAGAACAGGGUAAAGAAACUGUCGCAGCAACUAGGAAAGGAAAGCAUAUUGCCUGGUAUUGUCUUCCACUCCACGUAUAUGGAGAUAAUGCUAGACGAGUAUCUCCUAAGCCCAUUGUUCUCACUUCCCUGAUACAGACUUGCAAUGUAUAUUUUAUGAAACUCUCUUCUUUCUGUCUGUAUUUCUCUCAACGAAAUCAUUGUCAGAAAUACAAAUUAGUUUUGUUUUCA